AUGGAUGACGCAGAAUUAAAUGCUAUUAGACAAGCAAGAUUAGCAGAAUUACAAAGAAAUGCUGCCGGAGGUGGCAGUAGUACCAAUCCAUCUUCUUCUUCUUCGGGUGGCGCACAAGACCUGGCACAAGAGAAUAUGACCAUAACCAUAUUAAAUCGAGUCUUAACUAAUGAAGCUAGAGAAAGAUUAAGUCGUGUAAAGAUUGUUAGACCCGAUAGAGCUCAAGCAGUAGAAAAUUAUAUUAUUAAAUUAUAUUCAAUGGGUCAAAUACAUCAAAAACUUGGUGAAAAAGAUAUUGUGCAAAUAUUAGAUGGAUUAAGUAGAGAUAGUCAACAAAAGCAACAAACAAAAAUAACUUUCAAUAGGAAAAAUAUAGCUGCUGAUGAUGAUGAAGAUGACGAUGAUUUCUUUGAUUAA